AUGGAGUGUGAAAACCAAACAGGAUGGUAUCACUUCAUCAUUGUGGGUUUCCCUUAUCCACAUGACCUGCGUGUCCCCUUGUUCCUCUUCUUUUCACUCAUCUACCUGCUGACUUUCUUUGGAAACCUGCUUAUUCUCUUGGCUGUGGCAUGUGAGCCCCGGUUGCACAAGCCAAUGUACUGGUUCCUUUGCCACUUGUCCUUCUUGGACAUGACUGUUUCCUCCGUGGUGGUGCCCAAGGUGGUGGCUGGAUUUGUACAGGGUGGCGGGGCCAUCUCGUUUGGGGGCUGUGUGGCCCAGUUGUUCUUCUUUCACUUCCUGGGCUGCACGGAAUGCUUCCUCUACACUGUGAUGGCCUACGACCGCUUCCUGGCCAUCUGCAAGCCACUCCGCUACGGCAUCCUCAUGAACCGUAAAGCCUGUCUCUGCCUCUCCUUUGGAACCUGGUUUGGUGGUUCUCUGCACUCCAUGAUACAAACCAGCCUCACCUUUCACUUGCCUUACGGUCAUGGGAACCAGGUGGGUUAUAUCUUCUGCGACAUCCCAGCUGUGUUGAAAUUGGCCUGCGCCGACACAGCACUCAACGAGAUGAUGACCUUCGUAGACAUUGGCUUUUUGGCCAUGACCUGCUUUGUCCUCAUCCUCACAUCCUACGUGUACAUCAUCUCUGCCAUCCUGAGGAUCAAUAGUGCCACAGGUCGGCAGAGAGCCUUCUCCACUUGUGCAGCUCACAUCACUGUGGUGGUGACUUAUUAUGUUCCCUUAGUGUUCAUCUAUCUGAGGCCAGGGUCCCAAGAUCCAUUGGAUGGCGUGAUUGCUGUGUUCUACACCACGGUGACCCCACUUCUGAAUCCCAUCAUAUACACACUGAGGAAUAAAGAGAUGAAAUGUGCUUUAAGGAAGCUAUGGAGCAGAAAGACAUCUUUACCUAUAGAAUAA